CUUCCGCAGACUAUUUUCUACGUUGCUUGUUGCUAACUUCAAGACAGUGAGUAAGCGAGCUUGACGACCACGAAUACUAAACGCGAAUGUCCAUCGUCUGAAGACUAAAUUUCAUUGUCUCGUUGAAACGCAAAGCAAAAUUCUGGCAAAAUUGUGCGCGUUCGUGCCCGAUGUCUAGUGCUGAAGUCGCCGAUAAUUCCGUUGACCCCCCGGCGAAAAAGCGGAAGCUAAACACAGGAGAAUCCCGUUCCAAUUCCUCUGCAAUGGCGAACAAUGGAACGCGUGUGGAAGAUGAAAUCGACGAGAGCUUGUAUUCGCGACAGUUGUACGUGCUGGGACACGAUGCUAUGCGGCGGAUGGCCAACUCGGACGUGUUGGUGUCAGGGCUCGGUGGUCUCGGUGUUGAGGUUGCUAAAAACGUGAUAUUGGGUGGUGUGAAGUCGGUCACUUUACAUGAUGAGCGGACGUGCACAGUCGCCGACCUGUCCUCUCAGUUUUACUUGUCCGAGAAAACCAUUGGGCAGAAUCGUGCUCUGGCGUCCUGCGAGCAGUUAUCAGAACUGAAUCACUAUGUGCCCACUACCGCCCACACGGGGCCUCUGACUGAGGAGUUCCUCAGUAAAUUUAGUGUUGUGGUGCUGACGGGGGCGUCGCAGGCAGAGCAGGAGCGCGUGGCGGCCAUUACGCACGCCAAAAAUAUUGCCUUGAUCAUUGCAGACACAAGAGGUCUGUUCUCUCAAGUGUUCUGCGAUUUUGGCCCCGAGUUCUCGGUGGUUGACGUAACAGGCGAGAACCCAGUUUCUGCUAUGGUGGCGGACAUUACACACGAGUAUGAAGCAGUAGUCACAUGCCUGGAUGACACUCGUCAUGGUCUUGAGGAUGGAGACUAUGUCACGUUUAGUGAGAUCCAAGGGAUGACUGAACUGAAUGGUUGUGAGGCGAGAAAGAUAAAAGUUCUCGGCCCAUACACCUUCAGUAUCGGUGAUACAACCAGCUUCUCCAAGUACGAAAGAGGUGGUAUCGUUACACAAGUCAAGAUGCCCAAAAAACUCCACUUCAAACCUCUGAAAGAAUCCUUCAAGAGCCCAGAGUUUGUGAUCACCGACUUUGGAAAGUUUGAUUACCCCCAACAGCUGCAUGUGGCAUUUGCAGCUCUCCAUAAGUACCAGGAGAGUGAAGGUGGUCUCCCGAAGCCCUGGAAUAGUGCUGAUGCAGCCAAGUUUCUUAAUUAUGCAAAAUCUAUAUUAACAGACCAGGAAAUCUUCAAGGAUGGUGAAAUAGAAUUGAAUACAGAUCUCUUGGAAACUUUCAGUAAGGUUUCAUCCGGGGAUUUGAAUCCAAUGAACGCAGCAAUCGGUGGUGUGGUGGCCCAGGAGGUGAUGAAGGCCUGCUCCGGCAAGUUCCAUCCCAUCGUCCAGUGGCUGUACCUGGAUGCCAUUGAGUGCCUUCCCAAGGAUAGAUCAGGACUGACCGAAGAAUCCUGCAAGCCCAUAGGAUCAAGAUAUGAUGGUCAGGUUGCAGUUUUCGGACGAGAUUUUCAGAAGAAGAUUGGGGAACUGAAGUACUUUAUUGUUGGCGCUGGUGCAAUCGGCUGCGAGCUGCUAAAGAACUUCGCAAUGAUUGGAGUGGGCGCUGACGGUGGGGCCAUCACGGUCACCGACAUGGACCUCAUCGAGAAGUCCAACCUCAACCGGCAGUUCCUGUUCAGGCCCUAUGACGUGCAGAAACCGAAAUCCAGCACUGCUGCUAAGGCAAUCAAACAAAUGAAUCCAUCGGUGAACGUGAUCGCUCAAGAGAACCGAGUGUGUCCGGAGACGGAGUCAGUGUAUGAUGACCAGUUCUUCGAGGCACUGGACGGCGUCGCUAACGCGCUGGAUAAUGUCGACGCUCGAAUUUACAUGGACCGCCGGUGUGUGUACUACAGGAAACCACUGCUGGAGAGCGGCACCCUAGGCACCAAGGGUAACACGCAGGUCGUAGUACCCUUCCUGACAGAGUCGUACAGUUCAUCCCAGGAUCCGCCCGAGAAGAGCAUCCCCAUUUGCACCCUGAAGAACUUCCCGAACGCGAUCGAGCACACGCUGCAGUGGGCGCGCGACGAGUUCGAGGGUCUGUUCCGGCAGGCGGCGGAGCACGCUGCGCAGUAUUUACGUGACCCUCACUUCCUGGAGAGGACCAUGAAGCUCCCCGGUAGCCAGCCGCUUGAUGCUAUCGAGAGUGUUCGGCACGCAAUCAAUGAGCGGCCACUGAACUUCGCCGACUGCGUAACUUGGGGCCGUCUCCACUGGGAGGCGCAGUACUCGAACCAGAUCAAGCAGCUGCUGUACAACUUCCCGCCGGACCAGCUGACCACGAGCGGCGCCCCGUUCUGGUCGGGCCCCAAGCGGUGCCCCGCGCCGCUCGAGUUCGACCCCACCGACGAGCUGCACGUCGACUAUGUGGUGGCGGCCGCCAAUCUGAGGGCCACCGUGUAUGGGCUACCUAAUUGUGUCGACCGGGAAUAUAUCGCGCGAAUCGCCACUAGUGUGCAGGUGCCAGAGUUCAGUCCAAAAUCCGGUAUAAAGAUUGCGGUGACUGACGCCCAACUGCAGCAGAACAACGACGAGAUGGACCAGGACAGGGUGAAGAACAUCAUCGGCGAGCUGCCGCCGCCCGGGAAACUAGACAACCUCAAGAUCACGCCGCUCGACUUCGAGAAGGACGAUGAUACCAACUUCCAUAUGGACUUCAUAGUCGCCGCAUCCAAUCUCCGAGCGGCUAAUUACAAGAUACCUCCAGCAGACAGGCAUCGCUCCAAACUGAUCGCAGGGAAGAUCAUCCCAGCUAUCGCCACCACAACGUCAGUCGUGGCCGGCCUCGUCUGCCUAGAACUGUACAAACUCGCCCAAGGCUUCAACACAUUGGACAUUUUCAAGAAUGGCUUCGUAAACCUAGCAUUGCCCUUCUUCGGCUUCUCCGAGCCCGUCGCUGCUCCCACCAACACGUAUUACGACAAGAAAUGGACCCUAUGGGACAGAUUCGAAGUGAAAGGCGAAAUAACACUGCAACAGUUCCUAGAUUACUUCAAAAACGAGCACAAACUCGAGAUCACAAUGUUAUCGCAGGGUGUUUGCAUGUUGUACUCGUUCUUCAUGCCGAAAGCGAAGCGCCAGGAGAGACUGAACCUGCCCAUGUCCGAGGUGGUCACCAAGGUGUCUAAAAAGAAGCUGGAGCCGCACGUGAGAGCGCUGGUCUUCGAGUUGUGCUGCAACGACGACGACGGCAACGACGUGGAGGUGCCCUACGUGAAGUACACUCUGCCUUAAUAGAAGAACGUUACCACGAAUUCACGAGCCAAAAUUUCUUAUAGUAUUCAAUUCGGCGACGUGGCGACGUCCGGUCUGGUGCAUUUUACGCAUUUAAGGCAUAAUAGUUGCCAUUCCACGUAAUGGUCCUACACGAAUUACGCAAUAAAGGGUAUUUUUUAAUGAGAUUGUUGACGCGGAUAGGUGUAAAAUUGUUUUAUAUUGUCGCUCGUGACGUGAGUGGGCCAUCCGUCUGGACGCCAGUGUACAGUGAUAGUGUUGACUGUGUGACGUUUUGUUUUGUGCUUUAGAACACGCUUCUCCCUUCGAUAUUCAUAUAUAUUUAUGGUAGUAUAAUUUGCUCACCCCACACGACAUACGCGCUAGAUUAUAUUUUCGUGAACGUCUAAUUCAUUUUAUACCAAAUUAUCGGAUAUUUUUAUGUUCAAAUCAGAUGGGUCUGUAUAUGGAAAGAAAUAAAUAAAAUUUGAGCA